UAAUUCCAGCUUGUCUAUUAAAACAAUAAAAUGGAAGAAAUAAGUAUUUUAGUCGGAAUAAGUUUUGUUAGUGUAUUUAUUUGUUAAAUGUCAUGUCCCCACGCGUGGCAUCUUUUUGUGUCGGUAAAAGUUGUUUGGUGGGAGAGCGUAUGUCGGGCCGCGGCCGUGACAGUGGCAUAGGAACUUUGCUCAGAACAAAAUCUCUCUUCGUUAAAAUAAUAAAAGUACGAUAUUCGUACAUUAGUGUUGUGUGUUCUUUUGUGAUUUAUCUUGAUUGUUAUUUAUUUCGUUGUGUGUUUGUGAUACGUUGUGAAGGAAAAGAACUGGGUUGGUUUUCUCUUUCGAUAACUAUCGGAUUUUUUGGUGAGAGUCACGAAAUGUUUUUACGCUAUUACAUCCAUGAACAUUGCUGCUGAUUUAUCAAAACUAACAUAAAUCCGGUGAUGAAGUUUGAAAGAAUAUAUAUUAAAGAUGUACCAAACAAAUGGCAGAGUAAUGAGCAAACUUACCAGACCAUGUCGGUUAAGGUUUGCUGAUAAAAUUAUAGUAAUAUUGUACAUAUUUCAUCUAAUUAUCACAUGUGAUUGUGAAACUAAAUUCAAUGAUUCAAGUCAAAUUUAUAACGAAACCAAAAUAGCAAAUAAUAUAGAAAGUAAUUUAGAUUCUAAUAAAUGCCAUAGUUGUGAAAAUAGUAAUUUAAAAGGAAAUAUAAACACGAAUAAUAUUACAAAUGAAAAAGUCAACAAAAAUGAAGAGCAGAAAACUGAAAGUUUUAUGGAACAAGUUAUAGACAGUGUUAAUACAUUUACAAAAAAAUAUAUAAUUAUUAAUCAAACAGAGAGUCAGUUGGAGAAUGAAUUCGAAAAAGUAUUAGACAAUGCAUUGAGUAAGGAUCGAUAUGAAAUUUUAGAAGGAAUUGAAAUACGACCGAUAGAUACGAAGAAAGAUAUGAUGAAGACAGACAAAGUAGAUGGAAGAGCAUUAUUUAGUACUUAUACUUACGAAUACAGAGUCUAUCAGAAGAUAAAGAACUUUUUUGAGACUCACAUAUUAUCUAUUAACCUUCCAAAAGCCGCAAGACUAAUGGGAUUUAGAUCUUUCGGUCUGAAGAAAUUCUUUCUACCGCUGAUAAUAGGCAUGCAAGUCUUCAAGAGUAUUUUGCUGGCAAUGUUCCUGCCGAGUAUUUUGGGAAGUUUCGGCAAAAUUCUUGGUAAAGGAAUAUCCCAAUUGUCAGCAGCAUCGAGUCAAGCCAGUUAUCCACCGGCAAACACAGAUGACCAAAGCGCGUACAAUGACAACAAAGACUUCAUGGGUUACGAUACCAAUCAAGCUGGUAGUUAUGCGUACCCACAAGAAGGAUUGUACGAAGCAAUGGCUGAAGCCAAUGAUGUUAAUGACUUGUCAAACGUCGAUAUGUCUAGAUUCGGUGCUAGCGGCCAGAAAGUAUCAUAUCUGCCAUCAAAGAACAGCUACUACAAAAAUCAAAUGUCAAAUACUAACAACUAUAAGAUAUUCCAGAAAAUACCAUCCUCAUCAGUGAUUCUUAGUAACUACGAUCCAUUCUAUUCUCCGCUGCUCUCUCGACUUGAUGGUAUCUUCGCAAGAUUAGGUCUAGCGCCGUCGGAGAAUUCAAUCGACAAUGGUAUGGGAGGUCAGAACAUGGUCGACAUGAAGCUGGAGUCAUGUCGGGAGCAACUCAUUUGCCUGAUGUACGCCAGCCCUGCGAAAUACGCACCAUACAGUAACUUAGUGUCGGCGCAGUUGAGCAGGGAACUAAACGAGCUCCGUCGCCCGGUAUCCGAUAACCCUGAGAUUUUGCGGUUCUUCCGCUACAUGCGAGCAGCGCGGCGUGGGCAGGAAGGCGCGGACUGCGUGGGUUUGAAUCCCGCCUGCGCCACUACAACACCCUCGCACACUAUGAUCGCUGCAUACCAUGAUAUUAAUAAACUCGUCACCGCUAGAAAGAUCAAGAAGUGAUAGGGUAUGCAAACUUUUAUUUUAUAACAUAAUAAAAAAAUUAACCAACCAUUAUUUGAAAUAUUUCAUGUUGACAUAAAUCUUGUUG